AUGGAUAAAAAAUUUAAUCAUUCAGAAAUAUUUCCUAAUAACCCCAUGCUCAUGUGUUUAUGCGGUAGUUCCGGUUCUGGGAAAAUUCAUCUCACUUUUAACAUGUUGACAACACCAAACCUUUUAGAUUUCGAUUCUUUGUAUAUCUACACAACAACACCAGAGCAAUCGUAUUAUCAAUUUCUCAAAGCUUUAGAAUAUUUACCAAAGAAAGAUGUUCAAGACCUAUUUCAAUAUUACGAAGAAAAAGAAGAAGAAGAAGUGGAAAUAAAAGAUAUCUUAGAUAUCGAAGGAAAGAAACCAACGGAUAAAAAGUUAUUCUUACGAAAAAUGUUAAUGACCUAG